AUGGUUGCGAUACUGAGAGCAUUGAGCAUUGGCCUUACAACGGGCCAUGCUGUUUGGGCCACCCAGAUCACAGAACGUACGCAAAGUUGCUCCUCGGUGCACUUUUUCCUCGCCCGUGGCACGUCCGAACCAUAUCCAGGUACACAAGGCCAGCUUGUGAAUGCAACCUGCAGCCAGUUGAGAAAUUGCGACUAUGAGGAUAUCAUAUACCCCGCCACCUCGAACAGCACCGACGGAUUCUGUUGGUCUGUCGAAUCGGGCGUGCAAAACGGAACCCAGCAGCUUAUCGACUACGCCAACCGAUGUCCGGAUUCGAAGCUGGUAAUUAGCGGAUAUUCUCAGGGUGCCCAGGUGGUCACAGAUAUCCUCGGUGGAGGAGGCGGCCAGCUAUGGGACCUCUGCAAGCAAUCUGCCAGUGCAGCGCUGGAUACAUCUACUAAUGCUAGCAGGAAUCUUGCCGCUGCUAUAGUUUUUGGCGAUACACGGCAUACUGCAAAUCAAUCGUACAAUCUCCUGAGUGGCUGGGAUAUAAAUGGUUACGCUAUUCGGACGCAGAACAUGCUCGAUGCUCUCGAUGUCUACGCAAGCAGAAUGCGUUCAUACUGCGACAAAAACGACCCGAUCUGCUGCAGAGGACACGACCUCAAUACGCAUCUGACGUACCUUACCAAUUACACCGACGAUGCCGCUUCCUGGCUGGUUUCGACAAUCAAUAAGGCAACGAUACCAUAG